AUGCAGUUCUUUGGCAUCGUCCUGGUACUUCGACACAGGAUGGGCAUCGUCUGUGGCCAGCUGCUGAGGAGUACCCGGCCGCCGGCGGGCAGCGAGACUGAGCUGGAGGAGCUGGCGACGCGCAUAGGACAGCCGGGUGAGACAAGAAAGGUGGAGGCGGUGGGGGCGGAGGUGCGGCGGCUGCAGCGCGCCAGGAUGGCCCUCCACCGCUGCGCCCGCCUCUGCACUCUCCACUUCGGACCCGCACUGUUGAUGGCGGUUCUUGGCGACCUCGUCGCCAUACCUUGCCUCACUUAUUCCUUGCUAAACAUAUCGAGUACAUCCAGUGUUAUGCUAGGGCUGACGUGCCUCUGGCUAGCAGCCGUGCUGUGUCGCCACCUGCUGGUCUGCUGGGUGUGUUCCUCGGUGGCCGACCGCGCCGUCAGAGCCGGCCUCGUGAUGUCCAGGCUGCAGCCGAUGUUGCACCCAAGAGCGGUUGUGGAGGUCCUUCGGCUCCCGGUUGACACAAUGCGCUUCUCCUCCAUGGGCUUUUUUGACAUCAAUCUCCACUUGUUCAUGUCAACUGUUAGUACUGCUGUUGCCUAUCUCACAAUACUUGUCGAAUUUCACAGAUACAGGAGUAUAUAG